AUGCGCCUGUUUCUGAUACCAAUAUCGACAAGCAGGACUCUAAUUUAUUGUCAAAGGCUGAAUUUAACGAGUGCUGUUAAGGAAAGCUGGAGCGACAAAGGUACACUACGAGCGGCUAAACUAUGGACUGAUUGGAAAGACGGGACAAACUGGCAGAAGAAGGUGGUAAAGUAUGGCAACCAGCUUCUUCGCAAAAUUCCAUUCGAGGAAUGGGCAUUGAAAUCAAUUCCUCCACUAUCUAGCCGUGCCGAGGGAGUAAGAAGUGACAAAGUUGAAGUAAUCUUUCCCGAUAGCGUUAUAUCUAGGGAGGAUCUUCCUGAGAUUCUGCACAAGAUGGGCUCGGAGAGACAGCGACUACAUAGGACAAGAAUGAUAUAUUCAAUGAUUGGGAUGCCAAUAUCUGCACCUGUGAUGUUAAUACCUGUUAUUCCUAACUUACCGUUUUUCUAUCUCGUCUUUCGCGCAUGGUCUCAUUGGCGAGCACUGGCAGGAUGUAAACACAUUCAAUUCCUACUUAACAAGGGACUUGUUACUCCCCGGCCGUUGUCCAUCCUCAAUGAAUUAUACGCCAUUGGAAAGUCCCCAAUGUCGGUAAAUGGUCCCUACGCCCUGAAACAAAAAUCUGUUACACCAAAUUGGAAUGAAGUUAUUCUGUGCCGCAGGCCCAAUAUUAAGCAAGUAGCCACAGCCCUCAACCUUCCCGAGCUGGAAUCCGAGUUGAGUCGAGCGGUAGAGCAAGUCGAGCAGAGCUUUCAGUCCCAGAAAACGCCGGAGAAAAUCUAA